UUUUGGUUAAGAGUUUGGCUCGAGGGCCUCGCAGCUUGCAGCAUAAGCUGUCGCUACUUAUGCACCCGCAGGGGCACGUCCUGUUUUUGACUUGCGUUGGUCCAGGAAUGAUUUCGAAUGUGUUGCGCUGCACGGACAGGUAUGAAUUGCCAGCUUUGGUGCACAUGGAACGGCAUGGCCCGUAGUUGUUCGUCAGCGCAUCGCAGGCGAUUCGUGAUAUUUCUAUUGUAUGCCAUAUUCUAUGUGCCACUUUGGGUCGUUCUGCCAGCCCAGAACGAGUAUAUAAUUGCUCGUCGUUGCCUUUCCCUGCACGGCAUUUUUUCUUCUACGGGCAAGCUGUGCGGCGGAAAGGAUGUCUCGGCCUCUGCUCAGACAUGGCUCCUCUGGGUCAACCUUGCGUGUAAUAUCCCAACUUUAUCGGUGUGCUUCCACUUGGGCUUUCUUGCUGACCGCAUUGGGCGUCGCCCAGUUCUGAUAUGGUGCCUCUUGACGCAAUUGUUCGGAAGUGCUGGCAUGCUGAUUGUAUGCUUAUGUAAGCUCAAUCUUGCAUGGAUGAUGCCUCCUUACGUCAUCAACGGCCUUGGGGGAGGCUCUUUCACGUUGCAAAGUAUUUUGAUGGCUUCUCUUGCUGAUACGGCGGUCACAGAACUACAGCGCUCUGUUCUGCUGGCGCGGGCGACAGCGAUGUUUUACGCCUGCGGCACGAUUGGUCCCCUUGUGGGCGGGUACAUCACCCAGGCCGAGCUUGUACCGUUGCCUUGGCUGCAUGGUGAUCGUUAUCAACUCGCCUAUCUGACAUUCUUUGUAACUAAUGCUCUAUUGCUUGUAGUUGCGGUUGUCGCCUUCGCAGAGACACUCCCAGCGGCCAUUCCGCUAUUGUCCUCGAGAGUGGCCUCAUUGUCGGAAGGCAGAGACAGGAACGAUGCACGCUGGCAGGGGUUGUGUAAAGUUGCCCUGUACGAUUGUCUGCAGCCGCUGCGCUCAAGAGCUGUUCUUGCUGUGAGUUCUUCGUUCAUGCUGCUGUACGCCACGAUCAACACAGCUCUGAGUGGGCUCAUUGUCACCUAUGCGAAGCUGUCCAUGUUUGGAAUGAGUGAUGCCGCCGUUGGCUGGUUUCUGGCGGUGCCAUGGCUGAUGCGAUCGCUUUCCGCCGCACUGGUUUUCCCAAUGUUACUCUCUCUGGUCAGCUCCAUGGCCGCACGCACGCAGCCCACGCGAAGCGAGCCGCCGCCGCGAGCCGCCGCAGAGGCAGCAGCGCGAGCCCCGAGAGGCUCGUCGCUCGAGGGCGCUCCUCCCGCACGUGCUGGGCAUGCUGCCAGGGUCGCAUCGCUGUGGUGCGUGCGCAUCGGCGCUGCGAUAUCGGUUCUGACCUUCGGAUGCUUCGGCUGGGCCGUGUCGGUGCCGGCACUCUUCGCGCUCUGCACGGCGGAGGGCCUGGCCUCCAUGUGGGAUGCCGGCUGUGCGGUUCUGCUCUCGUCGCUGGCCGAGAAGUGGUCGGUGGACGCCGCCGGCGCAGUCCAGCCUCACCUUCACACGUCAAGUCAGGGUGCCUUUAUGGGCCUGAGAGGCUUGCUUCAGAUUGCCAGCGCCAUCUGUGCAAGUUUGGCGUUCAAUGGCAUCUACGUCGCAACGGUUGAAUGGUGUCAGCCAUUUGUGUUCUACGUUCUCUCUGCGUGCUGCGCAGCAGGACUGUCAAUCACUUGGGCCGUUCGCGAGGGCGACCUGUGAGGGCGGCCCGAACGAACUAAGCAUAGGCAUUGGUGUCCGCAACAGCGGCCCUGCGGGGGAGACCGCCUCCCGCUCGGCGACGCCGCCGCCCGCGGCCGCGAGCAGGAGCCGCCUGCUUUCCGAGCCCUGACGCCACCGCAGCGCACGCGGCCGCAA